AUGAGUUUGCGACAGCUGGAGUCUGCUUACCUGCUGAAGCCCUCGUACGACUUUGAGCUCACCAAAACUGUGUCGCUGCGCCAGCUGGACCCGUUGGCUCUCAUCACUCUACGAGAGAUGGGAUCGACCACCUUUACUCUUCCCGAGAUGCUCUUUGACUUUGACUUCCCCGGCCACUACAUGCGGCGACUUCGGUCUGUCAGCGUGUCUAUUCCAUGCGUCAUCGAUGCAGAGAGAUACCUCCAGGGCUCCAUGUCCAAUGGAGACUUCCGCAACGAUUCAGUGCCCAUUUCCCAAAUUGCCAUCAGCUCAGGGAUGCAAGACAGCGGCACGUUCGAGCUCAGUUUCCGCGAGGAUUCGCAAAAGUUCCAGCCUUUCGAGGGAGCCGGUGCCAUCAGCUCGUGGAAGCUCGAGCUACCGCCACUCGCCGUCCGCCAGUUCGACUACAACUCCAUUUCGGACGUGGUUCUACAGCUCAGAUACACAGCGGUGGAUGGUGGCCCCAUGUUGAAGCGUGCUGCAACUCUCGCGUCAUCUUCCAUACGGUCCCAGGCGGAGCAGCUCGGUGCAUCUGAGGGGCUGUGGGGGCUUUUGGAUGUGAAGAAUGAGCUCUCCAAUGAAUGGUAUCCGCUCCGUGGAGCUCUCAAUCAGCCUGGGACCGAAUCCACGGGGUCGAUAGAACUAAAGGACGCUUUGAUCUCCCGACUGCCGCUCUGGGCCCGCGGAAAGACUGUCAUGGUCGAGAGUCUGUCAGUUGUUGUCAGUGGAAAUUUGGAGGCGGACAAGGCUCUGAAGGACCAAGUUACCAUCAAGGCGUUGGGUGAAACUCCUUCCUUUGGAAGAACGCCGCUUGGCGGCAAGACGGUGUUUAACCUCUCGGGGAUGAAGUUUGAACUCAAAGGUGAUGACUGGACGUUGGUGGUUAAGAAGUCGAAAGCCAGUGAGAUUCAGGAUAUCCUGAUUUAUUUCGGGUAUUUCCUGAAACCGGAAUAG